UCAGCAGUCAGUAGCGAUCGCCCAGCGGCUACAGCAGCAGCAACAAAACGCAAACACACUUCCAAACCGAAUCAAUCAACAAUAAAAAACAAAAAGCGAUCGCCCCGAGCAAUGUUACGUCGAGGGAACUCUGGAAUCAGAAUCGCAGCGCUGCUGAUCUUGGCCAGCCUCUGGCUGGAUCGCGCCUGCGAAGCUUACGUUAACUUGGAGACUGGCGACCCCUGUCCCACCACGGGCUACCGCAGCCGCUGCCAGCCGUCGGAGGAGUGCGAGACGCUGCCAUCGCACAUCCAGGCUGGACGACUCAGCGCAGAGACAAUCGAGGGCUGUGGAUUCACCAGUCGCGGCGAGAAGAUCUGCUGUCCACUCGAGGCUGCCCAGGCCAUGGAGGUGCGCAGCGAAACUCCAACUCCAACCACAACCACAACAACGACGACAACCACAACGACAACCACAACCACAACAACGACAACCACAACCACUCCGACACCCACAACAACGGCAGCGUCUGGGGGCGAUGCCUGGAUGGAUAUUUUCCAAACGGAUCGCGACUUUGUGCUGCGCCCCGUGGAGUCCACACGGCGACCGGCGCGUGACAGCUUCGUCUAUCCGGACACCAAGGAGGGGGCGGAGUGCAGGGCUCCACUCUACGAGGGCGUGUGCCGGGCCGUGUCCGCCUGCCCCAGCGUGGAGCCGCUGCUGUCGCAGGGCCGACUGCGCGACGAGGACUUCAUGACGUGCCGUGAUGGUGCCAGGGAGGAGAUCAUCUGCUGCCCCAUGAACUUGCCACUGCAGCCACGUGGCCAGGUCAAGACGGGGCCGCGCCUGGGUGUGCCGCUGCCCACGCGUGCUCCGGCGCCCCAGGCGCUGGAUCCUCGCGAGGUGGCAGCCAUUGCCAGAGCGGAUGCCCUGCUGCCCCACUACAGUCACCUGGCUGCACUGGCCCAUCUCAAUGCCGCCUUCGAUGGACAUCUUCAUCACUGCGCCGCCAUUGUCCUGACACCGCAGCUCCUCCUCAGUGCCGCCGGCUGCCAGCGGCCCAGCCAUGCCGUGUUCGGGGUGGCAGACAUGCGGGACGUGGACGUCGACGAGGACUAUCUGGUGGACAUUGUGCGCUUGGCACAGUUCCGCAGGGACUUGGCUCUGAUGCGGCUGCAGGAGCCACUGCUGCUGGGCAGUGCGGCGUCUGGGAAUGUCAGUGUGGCGCCCGUUUGCAAUCAGUUUGAGCUGACGCGCCUGCAGGUCAGCGGUCGCCUGGUGGCCGUCGGCUGGGGCAAGGGCGAGGACACCGACUGCCCGCUGUACGAGAUGCCCAUGCGGCUGCGUCCCACCUGGGCGUGCGGCGAUCUGCCCAACUACGGCAGCGUGCAGGAGCUGCCCAGCUCGCACCUUUGCGUGGAGCCCCAGCAGCCGGAGACGGAUCUGCAGCGCAUCUCCAACGCCAGUUCCUGCGCCCCCUGCCCGGGCACCGUCGGCAGCGUGCUCCAUCUGGUGCGGCCCAAUGCCAGUCGCUGUGUCCUGGGCAUUGCCACGCCCACGGGCGUUGAGUGCGAGGCACGUGUCAUGUACUACACGAACCUGCUCAGCCCACAGCUGACGCUCUUCGUGGAGCAGCAGCAGCAGCAG